GGGCGGGAAUUUCAAGUUCAAGAAUUCAGAUCUUGGUCUUUUUCCUUAGUCACAAUUGGGGAGCAGCCAGUGCCUCUAGAUAUUUUCCUCCCAAAAGAAUGGCUGCCGGCGCCGAUGAUAACAAGCUCCUACCGAGAAGAUCAUCCCCUAGGCUCCUUCAGCUCUCACCAGCUCCUAAUGUGUCGUCGAGGAAAUCCGAUGGAAAAACGGUGCGUGGGAACUGCCUGAGAAGGUCCCCGAGAAUUAAAGUGUUGGUCGUGCCGGAGAGCGAAGAUGUGCGGCCCGUUGCGAGUUCAGAGACCGAAGGUUUUAGAAAGAAAAUUAGGGGAAAUGGUUCGAGUGAUAAAUCUUUCAGAGAACAGAGAAAGGAGAUGUCUACCGAAAAGCAUUUGAAAAUACCUUCCUCGGGUACUAAAUCAUUGGCAGGAGAUGAUAGUGCUGAAGUGAACUCUUAUUCCAUUGGAUUAUCCAAUUCAUGUGAUGAACAGCCUUCCAAGAAAUUUAAGAUCUCAUCAGCAGAAUCAGACGUGGGAACCUUAGAUGAAAAGUUCUCAAAGAAAAACGUUUCGUUUCUUUCAGGAAAUAAGAAGGGACACAACACUGAUCCCAUAUUUAUAGGCAACCCAAUCCCUGAUGACGAAGCUCAACAAAGGUGGCGGUGGCGUUAUGAAUUGAAGAAUAAAAAAUCUAACAGGAAACGCGUUUCAUUGAACGAUGAUGAUGAUGAAGACAAUAUAGUUUGGAAUGUGGAGUGUCAUUACGCUCAAGCUGAAAUUGAUGGAUGUAAUAAUGUAGGAGAUUGUGUUUAUAUUAAGGGUGAAGAAGCAAAACAUCACAUUGGCAGGAUAUUAGAAUUUUUUAAAACAACAGAUGGAGAAAAUUAUUUUAGAGUCCAGUGGUUUUAUAGAGCUGAAGAUACAGUAAGUACAGAGAAGACUGCUUUUCAUGACGAAAGACGUCUAUUUUAUUCGACUGUAAUGAAUGACAAUCCCUUAGAUUGCAUUAUUUCAAAAGUUAGUGUUACACUAAUAUCACCUAAGAUAGAUUUUAAAUCUAAUUCUCUUUCCCAAUCCGAUUUCUAUUUUGACAUGGAAUAUUGUGUGGAUUAUUCAACAUUCCGCACCUUGCCAACUGAUGAUUCUUUCAAGAGCUUCAGUUCCUCAAACUGCUACAAGGAAGUUUUCCCUACAAGUCCUUCCUUUUCGGCAAAUAUUCCUAGUUUUGGAACUUACAAGGCAGAACUCACAUUACUAGAUCUUUACUCUGGCUGUGGUGGAAUGUCAACUGGUUUAUGCCUCGGUGCAAAAGCAUCUUGCAUUGAUCUAGUGACGAAAUGGUCAGUUGACAGUGACAAGUCAGCAUGUGAAAGCUUGAAAUUAAAUCAUCCAGGGACACAUGUUAGGAAUGAAGCUGCUGAUGAUUUUCUUCAACUACUAAAGGAAUGGGAAAAGCUUUGCAAACUGUAUGUAGUUGAAAAUGUAGAAAAAACAUAUCCAUCAAGAUCUGAAACCUCCAAAGCAGUCGGGAAUAAUGCCAGUCCUGCAAAAGAUGAUGAUACUUCUGAUGAACUUGAAAAUGAUGAUACUUCUGAUGAACUUGAAAAUGAUGAUACUUCUGAUGAAUUCGAAGAUGAUGAUGAUGAAACCUAUGGUGAGGUUGAAGAUAGCAUUACUGAUACUUCUGUUGAACUCGAAGUUUCCAGUCGUGAUAUUUGUUAUGGCGAUCCCUGCAACACAGGCAACCAUGGCCUAAAGUUUAAGGUCCGCUGGAAGGGUUAUGGUGAAAGUGAUGAUACCUGGGAACCAAUUGAAGGCUUAAGCAAUUGUCAAGAAUGUAUUCAGGAAUUUGUGAUAAAAGGAUUCAAGUCCAAACUCUUACCCCUUUGUGGAGAUGUUGAUGUUAUUUGUGGUGGCCCUCCAUGCCAAGGGAUAAGCGGCUAUAAUCGCCAUAGAAGUUCUCCACUGGACGAUGAAAGAAACCGUCAAAUUGUGGUAUUCAUGGACAUAGUGGAAUACUUGAAACCUAGGUUUGUUUUAAUGGAAAAUGUGGUUGAUAUUCUGAGAUUUGACAAGGGUUCUCUUGGAAGAUAUGCUUUAAGUCGGUUGGUACAUAUGAAAUACCAAGCAAGGCUUGGAAUAAUUGCUGCUGGUUGUUAUGGUCUUCCUCAAUUUCGGUUGCGUGUUUUGUGGGGUGCACAUCCUAGUGAGAAGCUUCCACAAUUUCCACUUCCUACUCAUGAUGUUAUUCUCAGAUAUGGUGCUCCUCCAGAGUUUGAGCGCAAUACAGUUGCUUAUGUUGAAGGCCAACCCCGUCAACUAGAAGACGCUCUUGUUCUCCGCGAUGCCAUAUCUGAUCUCCCACCUGUUGCAAAUGAUGAAGCCCGCGAAAAAAUGACAUAUGAAAAGCCUUCUGAAACCGACUUUCAAAGAUAUAUAAGAUCAAGUAAAUAUGAGAUGACCGGUUCUGCAUUAGAUGGUGCUACAAGAAUAAUGAACCUGUUGUAUGACCAUCGGCCUUAUCCGCUAUCUGAGGAUGAUUAUAUUAGAGUCUGUCUUAUUCCACAGAGAAAGGGGGGGCAAUUUUCGAGACUCCCUGGUGUAAUAGUUGGAACUGACAAUGUGGCCCAGAGGGAUCCAACUCAGGAAAAGCAGCUUUUACCAUCGGGUAGACCAUUGGUACCAGAUUAUGUCCUUACCUAUAAACAAGGGAAGUCUAAAAGACCAUUUGCAAGAUUAUGGUGGGAUGAGACCGUGCCGACUGUUAUAACUUCUUUUUACUGUCACAGCCAGGCAACAUUACAUCCGGAGCAAGAUCGGGUUCUCACAGUCCGGGAAUGGGCAAGACUGCAAGGUUUUCCUGAUUAUUAUAGAUUCUGUGGGACAAUUAGAGAGAGGUAUUGUCAAAUUGGGAAUGCAGUUGCUGUUCCAGUUGCUCGAGCAUUGGGAUAUACAAUGGGUAUGGCAUUUCAGAAACUUAGCGGGAAUGAACCAUUGAUGAUCCUCCCUCCUAAGUUCCCUCUUUCCACCAAUACCCAGCUAGCAAAAUCAUUUUCCCAAACUACUGAUGAUUGAAUUGAAUUGGAGUCUUAC